UGACGUUCAUAUGUUUGGAAAUAAUGUCGCUCACUCUUUAGCUCGCAAAGCAAGAGAGGAUGAAGCAAAUUUCUGUUUCUUGUCAAACUUCCUGUAAUUCAUUAACAUUCUGGUGAAGAGCGAUUUAAGCUGUUUUACAGCCAAUUAAUAAAUUUUUUUCCUUAAAAACAAAACAAAAAAAAAAAACUGCUGUGUAUCAAUCGCUAAAGAUCGUUAAAACCCUGCAAUGUUCGUUUCAAUUCACUUUCAGAACUUAAAAAGGUGGUAAAAUGGCUUCAACGAUCAUCAAUUCCUACGCUCUUCCCGCCAAAAAACUAUCCAUAAAAAAGAAACAAACCCCAAAUACAAACCUCUCUCUAUUACACCUCUGCACUCACCUAAAUGAAGCCAAGCAGAUCCAUGCCCUCAUGAUCAAAACCUCUCAAAUCUUUGACUCCUAUUCGGCUGGCCGAAUAGCCGAGUUCUACGCCAUUUCAGACCAUGGAAGCCUCAAAUGCGCUGAAAAGGUUCUGAAUUCAGUCCAAGAACCUUCCUCAUUCUUAUGGAACACUGUCAUUAGAGGAAACAUUAUGAAACAAAACCCCCUCAAUUCCAUCCUUCUCUAUGCUCAUAUGAUCUCCAAAUCAGUUGAACCAGAUCAUUUCACUUUCACAUUUCUUCUGAAAGCUUGUACUGAAUUACCGGCUCCGGAUGUUGGAAAACAGCUGCACUGUCAAAUAAGUAAGUUAGGACUUGAAUUUAAUCCAUAUGUUAGGAACAAGCUAAUUCAUCUUUAUUCAAUCUCUGGUUCGAUUUCUGAUGCGCGAAAGCUGUUUGAUAAAAGUACGGACUUAGAUAUUGUCACUUGGAAUAGCAUGCUUGAAGCCUAUGCUGAUUGUAAAGAUAGGGAGUCACUUCAUAAACUCUUUCACGAAAUGCCUUACAGAGAUGUAGUUUCUUGGAACACAGUAAUUGGGUUUUAUGUACAAGUGGGAGAGUUCAAGGAGGCUGUCGAGAUGUUUAGACAGAUGCAAGAAAAGGGACAACUUGCAAACCGAGUUACUUUAAUUAGUGUUUUAUCUGCAGUUGCUCAUCUGGGUUCUCUUGCUCAAGGAAGUUGGUUACAUUCUUAUAUCGAUAAGAAUCAUAUCAACCUUGAUGAGAAUCUCGGUUCAGCACUCAUCAACAUGUAUGCGAAAUGUGGCUGCUUAGAUGGUGCAAUUCAAGCUUUUGAGAAGACGAGUAAGAAGAGCGUUGAUACAUGGAAUUCGAUGAUAUCUGGAUUUGCGGCAAAUGGACAAAGUUUAAAAGCUAUUGGACUUUUUACAAAAAUGGAGUCUUCGAGAGUUCAGCCCAAUGCGAUAACCUUCUCUUGUGUUUUAAAUGCUUGCAGUCAUGGAGGUUUGGUCGAAGAAGGUGUUAAGUAUUUCAGAAAGAUGAGUGAAAUUUACAAGAUUAAACCAGAUAUUGCACAUUACGGAUGCACGGUUGACCUAUUUAGUCGUGCGGCAUUGUUUGAUAGAGCGGAGGAUAUCAUUAGAACGAUGCCAAUGAAACCUGACAAGGUUAUGUGGAAGGCAUUACUGGGUGCUUGUAGAAAUCAUAGAAACUUUGAAGUAGGGGAAAGAGCUGGGCUUAAACUCGUUGAAUUGGCACCAGAUGAUCAUGCUAGUUAUGUAUUGCUGUCAAACAUAUAUGCAAUUGCUGAAAAGUGGGAAGGAGUUCACAGAGUGAGGAAAAUGAUGUGGGAAAGAGGAAUAAAGAAAAUACCUGGAUGCAGCUCGAUCGAAUUGGAUGGAGUUGUUCACGAGUUCAUUGUUGGAGAUAUCACCCAUUCAGGAAGGAAGGAGAUUUAUGAAAUGUUAGAUGAGAUGGGGGAAAAACUAAAGCUUGCAGGCUAUAAGCCGGAUACAGAACAGGUUUUGUUGGAUAUUGAAGACGAAGAGGUGAAGAAGAAUUCACUUAGUCACCACAGUGAAAAGUUGGCAAUCGCGUUUGGUUUCAUCAGUACCAGCCCUAAAACAACCAUUAGAGUUGUGAAAAAUCUACGGGUCUGUAGUGAUUGUCAUUCUGUGAUGAAGCAUCUUUCUAAGAUAUACGAACGUGAUAUAGUCAUCAGAGAUUCAAACCGGUUUCAUCAUUUUAGUGAUGGGACUUGUUCUUGUAUGGAUUAUUGGUAAAAAAAAGAAGAAAAAAAAGAUUGUUUAUUAUGGAUUAUAUCUCCACAAAUGAACUAUUGGGAUUUGGGAGUCUUGGACCACAUUUAUACUUCUGCAUGAAUAUAUUCUUUUGCAUGUUCUAUGCCUAAUGAGAGUUACCAACUCUUAUAUAAACUUUUCCUAGCAAUGGAACCAUUGUUGGUUUGGUGCAAAA